AUCCUGCAUCUUAAAGAAGAGAAAGAUAUGAGUGGGAGCCCUAUCUCUAACCGAUAUGAUUAUAGACCUAAUUCUGGACGUGCCAGUGGACAGAAACAAAGAGAGCCUCAUGUUGAAAGGGGCCAUUUGCUUUCUCCUGCUUCUUACUAUGCAUCCAUAAUAUCACACCUCCUUAGCCAGCCAGAAGCUAACUGUGAGUUGGAUCCCAGCUUUCUUCUCCCUUCCUCACAGAAAACUGAACAGCUGUUCCAAAGUGCUCAGAAUGGCACGUCUUUGAGGGGAGUCUCUGCCAUGAGUCCUGUCUGUGGUUUGAGUAACUCUAGUCAGUUUCAUAAUGAACACUUGCAAGCUAAGAGGGCCAGAGUGGAAAAUAUUAUCCGGGGAAUGAGCCUGAUGCCAAACACUAUAGUGCCAGGUGCCCUUGGGGAAGGAGACCAGCACUAUGCAGAGAAAAUAAAAGAGACCUAUAGAGAGAACAAGAGAAAGCAGAGACUUCCUCAGCAGCAAAGCCUGCUUGAGACUUCUCUGGCAAGAACUGACAGAAGCAGCAUCCAGACAGAACAAUGCCUCCAGCUGAAAAAACAGCUCCAUGUUUUGCAACACCACCUGAAGGAAUUUCAAGAGAUGUUCCUUCAGCCUUAUGAGUUCAGUGAUGCCAGUUCAAGCCAAGGAAGCAUGGAGAAAACUAAGGACCUGCUGAAGGAGAAGUUUGGACAAAGUUUGGACAACUGUAGUCAAGCUGUUGAGAGUGACCAAUGCAGAGAUCAUUUAUGGAGAAGCAUCCCCAAAAUGAGAGGAUCUGAGUUAGCAGAGAAAGGAGCUAGAAUGACUUCAGAAGAGAGUACUCUUUCAGAGAUGUUAAAACAUGAGUUAAUCCAGGUGGUGAAGCAAGCUGUGGAUUCUGUUUUGGAUAAAGUUUUGCCUGAAUCACCAGACCCCCAAUCCCAUUUGCCUGAUGCCCCCUCAAUUACAUCAUCCCCUACUGGGAGAGAAUGUACAGGUUCUGGAGAAAGCGUGUCCAGUAAAUGGCUUCCUAAGAUUUCUAAAGACUCCAUGUCGGUCACUACAGAAAAACUUCCAGGCUUUCCUACUUAUCUCAUCCACUCAAAAACAGAGAAAAAACCCUGCCAAAUACCACCUGUAAAUUAUCCCUUAGUCAUGACCUCUGAAGUUCAAGGAAAUUGUAUUUUUAACCAAAUGCUACUAUGUGGUCAAAAUAACCAUUGGGGCAGCCCCUCUCCAAGAAUGGUCUGUCCUCCAGAAUCCCUAGACGUGCUGUGGCAACCAAUCAAGCUGAAGCCAUCUGUCAUGAGACACCAACGAUAUCCAACAUCUUAUAAAUCUGCCGAAAUAGAAACUUUGGCCACUCUUCCAGCUUCAAAUGCCGAGUUUGCUGAAAUGCGUGCUAUGAUGGAUGGGGUGUACUUCCCCUCAAAACAUAUCCAGGAAGCGUUGACUCCUGGCCAUCUGAAAAAGGCUAAGCUGAUGUUCUUCUUCUCUCGCUAUCCCACAUCAUCUCUGCUGAAAGCAUACUUCCUAGAUGUCCAGUUCACUCGCUGCAUCACCUCCCAGCUCAUCAAGUGGUUUAGCAACUUCCGUGAAUUUUAUUACAUCCAGAUGGAAAAGUUUGCCAGGCAAGCUCUCUUGGAGGAAGUCACGAAUCCCAGUGACCUCAUUGUUACCAGAGACUCUGAGCUCUUCCGGAUCUUCAAUGUGCACUACAACAAAGGGAAUGAUUUUGAGGUUCCUGAUGGUUUCCUGGAUGUUGCUAGUCUGACCCUUCAGGAGUUCUUUAGUGCUGUCAGAGCAGGGAAGGACUUGGACCCUUCCUGGAAAAAACCAAUUUACAAGAUAAUUUCCAAACUAGAUAGUGAGAUACCAGAUGCAUUUAAAUCCUCCAGUUGCCCGAAAGAGGUGAAUCAAGGUUAA